AUGGAUGACGAUUACUCACAGUUCAGACAAGUAGUUAACAGAAUUGACUCAUUUUUCUUUCUUUUUUUCGUUUUUUUGAUACAGGAUGAUAACAGAGCACAGAAACGAGUAACUUUGAUGGUCAUUGUCACUGUCAUUUUUGGGAUCUGCUAUGAACUCAUGUCAGUCAUCUAUGUUUUAAGGAAAUUUACAUCCUACAACAUUGGCCCUGUCUUAGUCUCCGUUUCUUUCAUGAUGGUGUUGUGCAACUCUGCUGUCAAUCCGUUUGUGUAUGCAUUGUUAAACAGACAGUUCAGGGAGAAAAUUUAA